AUGGGGAUGAUCCUGGGAGCAACCGGAGUGGCUCUCCUCAGUAUGCUAUCUUUCGUCCAGGCAUAUCCAUCCAAUAACUCCAAACAGUUCACUAAAACUCCAUUUUUUGUUUUGGCGGGUGAUAGCACAACAGCCACUCAAUCCUCGAACGGAGGAGGAUGGGGAGAUGGCUUUCUCAACACAACCCUUUUCAAAGGAGCCUCUGGUCACAAUUUUGGUCACAACGGGGCAACUACUGUCAGUUUUCGAGACGGAGGUGAUUGGGACAAGGUUUUAGCGACUGUUAGACAAGUUCGAGACGACUAUCAUCCAUUUGUGACAAUACAAUUUGGGCACAACGACCAAAAGCCAGCUGCAAACAUCUCACUAUCACAGUACACCAGCAAUCUUGAAAAAUUCGUGACUGAGGCUUUUGAUGCUGGGGCCACACCGAUUCUCGUCACUCCUCUCUCUCGGCGCAACUACGAUAACUCAACAGGAACACCGCGCAUCAUUAUGAGUCUCGCUAAUGAGACCAUGGCCACCAUCACUGCUGCCAAUCGCUCACAUGCUUCAUACAUUGACCUGAAUCAUGCUAGCACCCGGUAUCUCAGUGCAAUCGGGCCAGAGAAUGCUUUUACAUACAACCUCAUCCCAACAGACUAUACCCAUCUGAAUGUGCCGGGGAGCAUUGUGUUUGGGGGAAUUGUGGCGGAACUGAUUACCCAGAAAGUUGGCGCUUUGGAAAAGCUUGGAUAUAUGCGCGUGAAUGGUGGACUCAAGAAAGAUGUUGAUCAUGGGAUCUAUUACUGGCCUUAA